AUGGCCGGGGCCCAGGCCUGCGGCGAGGGCAAGAUCGCCGGGCUGUACGACCUGGAGCGCACGCUGGGCAAGGGCCACUUCGCCGUGGUGAAGCUGGCCCGCCACGUCUUCACGGGCCAGCGCGUGGCCGUGAAGGUGAUCGACAAGAGCAAGCUGGCCGGCGAGGCGGCGGGGCAGCUCCUGCAGGAGGUGCGCUGCAUGAAGCUGGUGCAGCACCCCAACGUGGUGCGCCUCUACGAGGUCAUCGACACCCACUCCAAGCUCUACCUCAUCCUGGAGCUGGGCGACGGCGGGGACAUGUAUGACCACAUCAUGCGGCACGAGGGCGGCCUGGCCGAGGGACGCGCCAAGCACUACUUCGCGCAGAUCGUCCACGCCAUCUCCUACUGCCACAAGCUGCACGUGGUGCACCGCGACCUCAAGCCUGAGAACGUGGUCUUCUUCCAGGAGCAAGGGGUGGUCAAACUCACGGACUUUGGCUUCAGCAACCGAUUCCAGCCGGGCAAGAUGCUCACCACCAGCUGCGGCUCUCUGGCGUACUCGGCGCCCGAGAUCCUGCUUGGAGACGAGUAYGACGCGCCGGCUGUUGACAUCUGGAGCUUGGGGGUCAUCCUCUACAUGCUGGUGUGCGGCCACCCCCCCUUCCAGGAGGCCAACGACAGCGAGACGCUCACCAUGAUCAUGGACUGCCGCUACACCGUCCCGYCGCACGUGUCCGCGCAGUGCUCCGACCUCAUCUCGAGGAUGCUGCAGCGGGACCCCAAGCGGCGCGCCUCGCUGGAGCAGAUCGAGAGCCACGCGUGGCUGCAGGGGGUGGACCCGUCCCCCGCGAGCCGCUCGCUGCUGCCCCUCACGUCGCACAAGCGGGUGUCCCAGGAGGAGCACGACAUCAUCAUCCAGGCCAUGACGUGCGGGAACAUCGCCGACCGGGACACCAUCCAGGAGGCUCUGGAGGCCGACCGCUACAACCACAUCACGGCCACCUACUUCCUGCUGGCCGAGAGGAUGCUGAGGGAGAAGCAGGGCCGCCGCCUGAGCCUCGUCUACAACCUGGCCAAGCAGGUCCAGAGCGGGACCAACCUGUCGGACACCUUCAGCCCCGUGGACACAAGCAGCGACCUCUCGGCCUUCGCGGAGGUGCCACCCAACCUCCCYGCGGGUCCCGGCCCCCAGGCGCCCUCGCUGCACCCCCGAGUGCUGCUCAGGGCCCCCGUCAUCGAGACGACCAUCACCAAGAGCGCGCCGGCCCUGCAGCAGAUCUGCGAGGAAGAGGAGGAGGACGAGGAGGAGGAGAGGAAGCCCAGCGCCAACGAGAGGAAGAGCAGCUCRCUGAACCAGGAGCAGAUGCGAGACUUCCUGCGCUCCAGGGCCUGCCGGCUGUCGUGCCACGGGGAGGCGCUGGGCUCGGGCGCCGAGGCCGCUGCGUGGCGCGAGGCCGGCGGCCGGGGCGCGGGCCAGCCCGUGGCGGACGCGUGGGGAUGCGCGCUCUGGGAUGGCAAGGGCGGGACGCGCGAAGGACACGGCGAGCUCCGGGCUGGCCGGUUCUCCCUGGAGAUGCGGGGCGACGGAGCAGCAGGCAAAGCCGAGCCCGCCGUGAAGAAGGAAGGAGCCGAGCGCAGCGACGCGCGGGCAGAGGUCCCCAAGGAACUGGGGGCUGUCCCGCCACCCGAGAGCUGUGAAGACUCUGGGGCUGGGGUCCCUCAGGCCCAAGGGGCAGAGACAGCGGCCGCCACCCUCCUGUGCCCACCGGGGCCUGCGGACAUGUCCCAAGGGCCCGAGGCGCCCCCCAAACCUCGCAGCCAAGCCAAGCUGGUCACGGAGAGCUCCAUCCCCAGCUUCGGGGGCACCGAGGCGGGCGCCGAGAACGUGAUAAAGCUGGACCCGGGCAAAACCAAGAGUGCCAGCCUCAGAGACAGGAUCCUGCAGUUCCCGCUCUGCGAGAAGGCCCUGGCCUUCAAAAUCCGGCCCGGCUCCAAGAAGAGCCUCCUGUCCCUGGGGCAGUUCAACUGCUGCCAUGUGAUUUAGCGCCGGGCUCAGGCCACGAGGGAAGCCCCGGGUGCUGGGGCCGGAGGGCACAGGGCUGAGAGCCGUCGCCUCGUUUCGACCCUGCUUCAUUCCUUUGCCCCUCGAGCAGAGGCCGAGGGGCUGGCCGUGCUACCCACCCCGUGCAGCCCUGCUUUGCUGCCCCUUCCCGUCGUCCCCAAUCCGCCAGCUCGGUGCCGCCUCCCACUAGCACCCGCCUGGGGUGGCCCCGGUGCAGCCGGGCGCCACGCAGGAGGUAAGCGGGGAUGGAGCCUCCAUCGCAGCAAGGGGAGCCGUCACCCAUGCACUGUUGUGACAGCCACCAGUGCCCAGCACAGAGGCCCCGUUUCCUCCAGCGGGGCUAGCCAUGAGGUCUGCGCAGCUGGCAAAUGCGGGUGCUCCCCGUUUCCUUCCCAGCCCGCACCAGGCUGGCCUUGCCCAGAGAUCCCAGGGCCCACGGGCUGCCCACGAGUCCGCCGCUGGCUGGGGGAUAGCAGGAAGGGAAGGGGAGCAACCGCACAUUUUUUACCUACUAGAAGUAAUUUUUUUAAAUAGUCUAUUUUAAUGUAACUCAACAGAGAUUGCUAUAUCCCCUCCCUCACCCUGCCUGAGUGUCUUGCCAUGGGGGUCCCGCCCCCGGCACAGCAGCAUGUGCGGCCCCAGGG